UCCACUAAAAGACAGACGCCUCAAUAUAAAGUUGUAAAUUCAGUCGUAUUUUUUAAAAUCAGAGAAUCACCGAAACAACGAGUUAUGAGAGCGAAUCAAAUUAAUGAUAUUUAGGUUUAAAUAUAUAUAUUUUUCAACCUUGGAAAGAGAAUGAGUGGAGAUAGCUUGCGCUGAGAAUCCGUGUGUAAAGGUAGACGCACUUUUAGGACGCACAACAUAUAAACCGUUUCAACUGACUCCACAAGAGAUCAGCCAUGGAUUUUUGCCUCAACACGGACUAAAGUUCGUUCUUGAAGAGGUCCGACCCGCUCCGACCCUGUCCCAUACCAGCCCGAAUAGUGCAGCAGGUGGAGGAUGGCCGAGAGAGUGACUUGGUGGAGAGCGUUUAUGGGGAACAAUAAGAGAACGAGUAGUGGUACCAAGGACAUCGCCACUCAGCUCCCCGACACAAUGAAGGACCCUCUGACGCCCAGCACACAGGGAGUCCUAGCAACACCACACUCAGCAGCAGCCCCCAAACUCCCAACCGACCAACAGCCUCCAGCAUCACAACAGCUACCAGCAUCACAGCAGUCACCAGCGUCACAGCAGCCACCAGCAUCACAGCAGUCACAGGCACCAGUCAGUACAGGCAACAGCCUCUUCAGCGACGAGACCUUCGAUGACUCCCAGUUUGAGUCGGUCUUCAACGAACAGACGUGUCGUAGGAACCUGAGGGUGUCUCGGUCAGGCCGGUUUAAGGAGAAGAAGAGGGCACGCUCCAGUCUUCCUACUGGGAAAGAGGACGUACGAUGACAAGGAUGGCGAUGAGGAUGAGGGAGAUAGUGGCCAAAGACUGCUCUUACUUCUGAACUUUAUUUCAACAUGGCCGUCCGUUCUGGGGAAAGACGAAGGUAGAUGAAGAUGAAUUGUAAGUUGAAGAUAAGUUGAGGGUUAAUUGAAGAUAAGUUGAGGGUAAGUUGAAGAUAAAUUGAGGGUAAGUUGAAAAUAAGUUGAGGGUAAAUUGAAGAUAAGUUGAGGGUAAAUUGAAGAUAAGUUUAGGGUAAGUCGAAGAUAAAUUGAGGGUAAAUUGAAGAUAAGUUGAGGGUUAAUUGAAGAUAAGUUGAGGGUUAAUUGAAGGAAAGUUGAGGGUAAGUUGAAGAUAAUUUGAGGGUAAGUUGAAGAUAAGUUGAGGGUAAAUUGAAGAUAAGUUGAGGGUAAAUUGAAGAUAAGUUGAGGGUUAAUUGAAGAUAAGUUGAGGGUAAAUUGAAGAUAAAUUGAGGGUAAAUUGCAGAUAAGUUGAGGGUAAAUUGAAGAUAAGUUGAGGGUUAAUUGAAGAUAAAUUGAGGGUUAAUUGAAGAUAAGUUGAGGGUAAGUUGAGGGUAAGUCGAAGAUAAGUUGAGGGUAAAUUGAAGAUAAGUUGAGGGUAAGUCGAAGAUAAGUUGAGGGUAAGUUGAAGAUAAAUUGAGGGUAAGUUGAAGAUAGUGAUUUGAGACUUUGACUUUACCAUUUGGAACCCUUUUGUCAGUACUAGAGAGUCUGAAGUUAUACUCUCCUGUACCUCCUGUCUUGUUACAUUAUAAUGGACUGCUGAUUGGCAGUAGUGAACAUUUCUCAGUGACAGCUAGGUAGGCACUUAACAGUCCUUCCCUGAGGAAAUCACAGGUCUGACAAGGUUUGAUUGAUUUAAAGCAAAAGGAAGACAAGUGUGUCUUUACUAAUCCAAUCCCAUAAAGAUCAGUGGUUAGGCUACUUCAAGAAAGGAAGGAAGUGAGGGAGGAAGGAAGGAAGGAAGGAAGGAAGGAAGGAAGGGAGG